CUUGCCGCCAUGAACGUCGCUGGUCCCUCGCGACUACGUGGUCCACGUCCGAUCCCGGGUUCAAGAGAAAGAGACAACCAUGAGGAGGAUCUUACCCGUAUGAUCGCUGAACUAGGUCUUUCCGAUGUCGAGAGAUUGCAGACCCUAUAUGAUAAUAGAGAGCGUCGAGGAAAGGGGUGUUCUGAUCGUGAAGUUGCUUUCAGAUUGUUGAUACAGAAUGCUCGAGAACUUGCAGAGUUCGAUGCUGAUCUGGCACUUGCCCAGCGACUUGCUGUUGACGGAAAUGGGGAAGCUGAGCCUACACCUAGCAGGCCCGCAACAGCAGUACAGCGAGAUGCUGCGUUCCAACCCGACAUCGGAAAAACUAGAUCACAGAUACAGAUAUGGACUCAAUUGGUUGACUCGUUUCUUUCGACGCCCACAUCGAGUGGUCGGACUACACCAAACCCGGGUCAAACUAUCACAGCUAGAACUCCUCCUCGCAGGGCAAUCGGUCACAACUGUGUGAUUUGUAAGGAUCCUAUCUUUGGAGACGAAGUUCUGGCACCAUGUAAUCACUUCUUCGAUAUCGGCUGCAUCACAGACCUAUUCCAGUCAGCAGUGCACGACGAACGCCUGUAUCCUCCUCGAUGUUGUCAUCAGAACAUUCCGCUCCCUCAAGUUCGGUCUCACUUGACGCAGGCAUUUCUCACCGAGUUUGAACUCAAAGCUCAAGAAUUUGGAACCCUCAAGCGUGUUUAUUGUGUUGAAUCAACGUGCAGCCGUUUUCUCGGGCCAUUAUACGACGGAAAUUCCAGCAAGAUAUUAACAUGUCCGUCCCCUAAAUGCAAGACGACGACAUGUGGAAAAUGUCGCGGGAGAUACAUAAGAUUCACCCAUUCCUGCACUCCAGAUGCAGAGACUCAGGUUUUACUCACGCUCAGCCGCGCCUCAGGAUGGUCCCGCUGCCCAGGCUGCGCUCAGAUGAUUGAGCUUAGCAUGGGGUGUUUUCACAUGACUUGCCGGUGCAAGACAGAGUUCUGCUAUCUGUGCAGAGCACUAUGGAAGACUUGCAAGUGUCCCAGAUGGGACGAGUCUAGGCUGCUUGUUCAUGCACAGUGA